AUGGAUGCACUCGAUCCUCUCCUCUUCAAUAUCAUUGCCAAAAGUCGAGAGGUCAUUCUAUAUGACAGUUUCGGUAUCGGCCACAGCGAAGGCGCCGUACCAGAUUCUACUACAGCUAUGGCCUCCAUUGCCGCCAACUCCUUGCUGUCAUUGGAGUCUCCAAGGGACUACCCGCAGCUGGUCCACAAGUUGGUUCUAGCUGGUACACAAUCCGCCAUUGGAGACGGCGUAGUCUUGCCUCCACGCGAUAUGCUCGAGAGCGCCGCUGGGAGUAACGACAUCCCUCCAACCGAGCAAGAGAUGCAUGGCUUGUUCUUCUAUCAGAUUCAUGAACGACAAGUGGAUGGAGAAGAGCGCAAAGAAUUCCUUGUUGGACAGGGGGCUGGGGCACAGCUGAAGGCCAUUUUCGCUUUCACUGUGGACCUUAACAACUUUGACCGCCUCAAAGAUAUCAAGGCCCCAACUUUGGUGACGAAUGGUCACACCGACGUCAUGUCGCCCACUCCCAACAGUGUUAAUCCACAGCAAAAGAUCAGCAAUGCUCAGCUUAUUAUCUACCCCGACUCGGGACAUGGCCACUUGUUCCAAUACCCUGAGAUCUACGCACAGCAUCUCGAGCUCUUCUUAAACGAUCUAUAG